AUGGCAGCUUUCUUGAGUCGGUUACACCACAUUUCGCUCCACGUUUCUAACGUGGAGAAAAUAGCUAAUGACCUUGUCUCUAAGUUUAAGUUUAAUUUGUUUGCUACCAGACUAACCGACAGGUCCCGGCAGCUGGCUUUCAGGAAAGGAGCGGCAGUUUUCGUCGUGAAUGAGAACCCAAACCAGAGUGGUGUGAGAUUGAAUGAGGAGCUAUCAGGUAUCACUGACAUACAUUCACCUGUUCCACACCGGGUCAACCUCGGGAAAGACAACCAGGGUCAUUUUCUGAAGUGUCUUUACGAUGUCAGCCCACAUUACCCGGUGGAUACCGUCAACAACGUGUGUUUCGAGGUGGAGGAUGUGGAAAGGUCAUUCAAUGCUCUUCGCCAUCUGGGCUGCAACUUCCUCGUACCUCCAACAACAGUCCAGGACGAGAGCGGACUCGUCACCUACUCGGUGCUUAAAUCCAUUGUGGGAAAUGUGUGCCACACACUCAUUGACAGGUCAAAGUACGAGGGAAGCUUCUUGCCUGGGUUUAAAGUCAUUGAAAAGGACUACAGCUUGGAAGAUGAAGACCUGGCAUGUCCAAUCACUCAUUUUGAUCACAUAACUUAUGCCUGUCCAAGGAAAACCACCCAACAGGUUAUGAAGUGGUAUGAGCAGCUCUUUGGCUUUCAGAGGUUUUUCAUUGAUAGUAAUGAAGAUAAAGAUGAAGGUUUUGUCAUAAACCAGGAGGGCAUUGGACUACGUCUUACUGCCAUGGAGUAUUGGAAAUGCAGCAAAGCAGGCAUUGCGCUUCCCUUUGCAGAUAAAAAAGAGCCGGACUGCAAGUUUGUAAUUGCAGAAUCAUUGCCAGAACAAGGCAGGAACCAGGUUGACACCUUCUUGGAGGAGCACAGGGCACCUGGGAUCCAGCACAUUGGGCUGUACACAAAAGACAUAGUCUCUUCAGCACAUACAAUGGUUGAAGCUGGUGUACAGUUUUUCUCCCCUCCUCCCGCCUACUAUACCGAGGUUGGAAAACAGCAGGAGAUAGAGGAGGCAGGACACAACCCCCAGAUGCUGGCGCAGCAUGGGAUUCUCCUGGACACAGCCCUGCACCAAGAUCCUUUAUCACAGACGGCAUCCAGUGAAAAAACAAGAUACCUUCUCCAGGUGUUCACAAAGCCCAUCUUUGCAGAGGACACUUUUUUCCUGGAGCUGAUAGAGCGAAGAGGGGCGACAGGCUUUGGAGAGGGGAACAUCAGGGCACUCUGGAGGUCUGUGCAGGCAUACAUGGAGACUGAAAAGUCAGUUUCUCAAGGAGUGGACCCCACAAAAACUGUGAAAUCUGCUCAGUAUUAG